AUGAAGAUGUCAACUCAUGUAACCUCGCCAAGAACUCUGGGACGACGAUAAGCCUCACAAUGAGCCUGAGCUGUUAAUAUCAAUUAAAACUCUUGGAAAUUUAUAUAUUUUACAUAAGAACACAUUUUGUAUUGCAAAAGGAACAAAUUCAGAACCUGGCACAAUGGGAAACACCGCACUGACCAAUGUACAUUUGGAGGCUAACAAGAGCAUGCCAGCUGAUCAUGCCAAGCACAUGGCAAUGGCCGGUUCGCCACCACCAGAGUGUCCAAUGCAUCAAAAACAUCAAGGGGACAAACAAUCGGCCUCGGCUGUUCCACCACAUCCCAAAAUGUCAUCGGCCUCCGAAUGCCCAGUACAACAUGACAAUAGCGAUGUUAAUCCGCUAAACAUGAUGCCACCAGCCAACCAGCAACCUGCACCAGAUCAGCCCUUCCCCUUGCCCACGGAUCGUCAGACCUCAACCAUUCCCAAGGUCACCGAGGAUGGCAGUGUGCAGUUCUGGCAAUAUCCAAGUCAACAGAUGUUCUGGAACGCUAUGCUACGCAAGGGCUGGCGCUGGAAAAAGGAAGAUGUCUCCCAGAAGGAUAUGGGUGACAUCAUUCGUAUUCACAAUGCCAACAAUGAACAGGCCUGGCAGGAGGUACUUAAAUGGGAAGCGCUACAUGCCAAAGAGUGCGGUAAUCCGCGCCUUAAAAGCUUUGGCGGCAAAGCUAAAGAUUUCAGUCCACGUGCUCGUUUCCGUAGCCUGUUGGGCUAUGAGUUGCCUUUUGAUCGUCACGACUGGAUUGUUGAUCGCUGUGGCAAGGAUGUCCGCUAUGUCAUUGAUUACUAUGAUGGCGGUCUUGUGGACAAAGAUUACCGAUUCGCCUUACUUGAUGUCCGCCCAGCCAUGGAUUCCUUUGAUAACGUUUGGGAUCGCAUGCGUGUCACAUACAUGCGUUGGAAAUAUGAGUUAUCCGAGAAGCUUAACACUGGCGAUGGCAAAGUUUCUGCAGGUAGCGAAUAAGGAAUUUCAGUUGAAGAGAUCAGGUUAAUUUAUUGAUAAUGUUCUAAAAUUUGAAAUGAAGUGCUUAAUGUAUUUAGCUGCACUGUUCAAUGAUAGUAAUAUCUCACGAAAAUGAUUAUAAAAGCUAAUAAAUGUUAAAUGCAUAUUUCAAACUGUGAA